GCGCAGGACGACUUCUUCGACCAGAUGCUCUCCACGCUGCCCUCCGCGUGGGCCGACCUAGGCGCCACCGGCAAGUCCCCGUGGGAGAUCGCGGCGGGCGGCGAGGACCUCGGCGCCUUUGACGAGUCGGCUCUGCUGACUUCCCGGCUCCGGCAGCACCAGAUCGGCGGCGGGGAGAAGCCGGUCAUGCUGCAGCUCACCGACCUCCAGCGGCAGGGCCUCGCCGGCGGUGGGGAGGAGAGCGGCGGUGGAGGGUUCUCGCCGCUGCCGCUGUUCACGGACCGGUCACCCCCGACAUCAAGGGAGGACAUGGAUGGCGGCUUCAAGUCGCCCAAUGGCACGGGAGGUGAUCACGCGAUGUUCAACGGAUUUGGGGCGCAUGGCGGCGCCAGCGCCGUGCAGCCACCGUUCGGCCAGGGAGGGUCAAUGUCGGGUCAGAGCUUCGGAGGGCCGGCGGCGAGCGGCGGCACGACGGCACCAGCUUCCUCUGGCGGCGGUGGCGCUAACCCACCGAGGCAGACGCGCGUGCGGGCAAGGAGAGGGCAGGCCACGGACCCGCACAGCAUCGCCGAACGUCUCCGGAGGGAGAGGAUAGCGGAGCGGAUGAAGUCGCUGCAAGAGCUUGUCCCCAACGCCAACAAGACUGACAAGGCAUCUAUGCUGGACGAGAUCAUCGACUACGUCAAGUUCCUGCAGCUCCAAGUCAAGGUUCUGAGCAUGAGCCGGCUGGGCGGGGCGGCCGGCAUGGCGCCGCUGGUUGCCAGCAUCGCGAAGAGCAGCAACGGCGGUGGGAGCAGCGCGGCCACCGCCAAGGCAAACGGCGGCGGUGGUGGUGGCGAGAGUGGAGGAGGCGGCGGUGGGACCGGGAUGCGUGUGACGGAGCAGCAGGUGGCGAAGAUGAUGGAGGAGGACAUGGGCACGGCCAUGCAGUACCUGCAGGGGAAGGGCCUCUGCCUCAUGCCCAUCUCCCUCGCCUCCGCCAUCUCCUCGGCCACCACCACCGGUACCUCCCCGGCCUCACUCCUCUCCAGGCCGGUCAUGCGCCAUCAGGCCGCCGCCGCCUCCAUGUCGCCGGCCGCCACGGACGAUGCCACUGCUCGGUCCGUCAAGGUAGACGCCGGCGCCGCGUCCGGCGGGAAGUAA